AUGGAGGUUGUUACCGAUGUCAUUCCCGGCGACAUUGUUGCUGUUAACGUCGACCACUCUCGCCGUGAGGGUCUCGUCGUUGGUCACCACUACGAUGCCUUGGGUCGUCACAUCGUUGAAGUCCAAUUAGAUGGCUACCCUAACUACUACCAUGCUUGGAUGCCAACAGUAACUCGUAUUCGCCGAACGACGACUUAUCAGCCAGCGCGUUAUCGUGCUGUUGAGCGACACGUCUACUACUAG